GCUUCUCACUCGCGCGUGGUGACCAUGGAGACGUCCAGGAGUUUUACAGGAGGGUGUCAUUUUGGAACUCAGCGCGCAGCGAAGGAUGCCUUUUCAACGAAUGACCUGAAGAGAUGGGACGCAGAUGGAUUGUGUUAACAUGCUCCGCGAUGAAGUGAUGGAAGUGUUGACUGCCAACUGACAAGACGCGGAAGUUGUCUUAUUUUGUUGUCUGCUUUGGAGACAGUGGACAGUUGAGCCACUUAAGCGACUUAAACAAUCAGAAAGGACGGAACGCAAAAUCAAUUAGAAAACCAUGCACUGUUCAUAUCCAUGGAGAGAUGGCAUGCGUGCUCCUCUUCAGUCGACUUCUUCCCUUCUCGCACCGGCUCACAAGAACAUCCAUUUGCUUAUUAUCCCUUUUCCUUUCUUAUUUGUGCUAUUGUGCGUUAUUCCCUGCCGGCACCAUCAUGCAAAAGGCAGGUGAUCCGAUCUCCAGCUGUCAGCGCGUCCUGGCCGAUGGAGCCAAAAGGCGCAUUCAGAAAUCCUGCGUUUUGCCGUUGGAUGCGAGACCGAGCAGCGCUGGGGCAUCUCGGCUGAAAACCGACCAAAGACCUCCUUCGGCUUUCCACAUCGACACCCCCAGUCCUCCCAUGACUAAUUUAAAGUUUGGCAAUAAAAAGUUACCGAACGCCAUCAUAGUUGGUGUGAAAAAAGGAGGCACCAGAGCUGUUCUAGAGUUCAUAAGGAUUCAUCCGGACGUGCGAGCGGCUGGCACCGAGACACACUUCUUCGACAGGAACUAUGAUAGAGGCCUGGAGUGGUACAGAGGUUUAAUGCCAAGGACUCUUGAAAGCCAAAUCACGAUGGAGAAGACACCAAGCUACUUUGUGACAAAAGAGACGCCACACCGGAUCUCUGCCAUGUCCCGAGAUACCAAGCUCAUUGUGGUAGUGCGUGACCCCGUCACUCGUGCAAUAUCAGAUUACACUCAGACUUUAACCAAAACUCCCGACCUGCCAAGCUUCCAGGAUCUGGCCUUCCGAAACCAGAGCCUGGGCAUUGUGGACACGUCCUGGAACGCCAUUCGGAUCGGCCUGUACGCUCUGCACCUCGAGAACUGGCUCCGCUACUUUCCUUUGGCUCAGAUUCACUUUGUGAGCGGAGAGCGCCUUAUCACAGACCCGGCAGAGGAGUUGGCUCGGAUGCAAGACUUCCUUGGGUUAAAGCGCAUUGUCACAGACAAACACUUCUAUUUCAACCGCACCAAGGGCUUCCCUUGCCUUAAGAAGCCGGAGAGCAGCGGCUCGCCUCGCUGCCUGGGCAAGUCCAAGGGCAGAACUCAUGUGCAGAUAGACAGAGAUGCUAUUGAGCAACUGCGAGACUUCUAUAGACCUUACAAUGUCAAGUUUUAUGAAAUGGUGGGUCAUGAUUUCAAGUGGGAGUAGAGAUUUGAGAGAUAUUUUUGAAUGGUACAAGAUGUAUGUAUAUUAUGUAUUCCACAAAUUCAAAAAUGGUUUGCCUGCAUUAACAUGACAUGGCUAUCAGCAGUCUCCAGGCAAUUUUUGAGUCAAACGGCAAAAGCAUUAUUAGGGACACUAAUGAGCAGAGCAAAAUCUAAGAGGACAUUGCUUUUGCACUUGUAAUGUUCUGUUACCAGCUGGCCUCAACAUCCUGUUUGUUGCCAGAUAUAGUAGGCAUUUCAGCUUCAGGUUCAUGAUUUCUGUUACUGUUACUUUGUAUUAUCGCCGAUAGAUUGCCCCUUUGCUGACUAGUUUAUAUAUAUAAAAAAGGGAAAAAUCCAGGGAAUGGGAUUAGUUCCUCUAAAAACCUGCUUCACUAAUCAAGGCACGGCUUGAAAGCAAGACCUUGGAAAAUGUCAGUGAAGUCUUCAGGGAGAGCAGAAUUAAGCUGAGGCACUGUGGUGGUAAAUCUGAAAUGUAAAGCCAUAACACAAGUAUGAACCACCUAAUAGCACUUACUGUUGGUCUCAUCAGUUCCUAUACAGGGUGGAAGAUUUUCUGUCUCACUCUUUCCAGCAUGAAUUGUUAGAUCAUGCUGUAACAUGCAGCCCCUCACUUUGUUCUCUGUGCUUCAUUUGCAAAAUCCCUGUUUAUAUUUUUAUUACUAAAGUAUUUAAUCACUGCCUUAGCCACAAUGCUUGUCGAUGAACUUCAUUAAAUGAAAACAGAAGCACAAAUAUAUUCGUGACAUCUUUUUUAAUUCUGUCUCAUCUGAAACCUUGACCUUGAUGGUGAAUCCCUUUUUCAAUUGCUGAAUGUGAACAUCUUAGAAAAUGGUUGAUUCUGUAUUAUACCUCCCUUUUCAUAUCUAGUCAGAAAAAUUGAGGUUUUCAACAGAUUAGACCACUUGUAGUUCUGACACCGUCACCCGUGUUGCUACUGAAAAUCAUCUCCUUUGAGGUUUAUUGCAUUCUGUAAGGUUUGUUGUGUGCCUCGGUGGUGGAUGAGUGGGCGUAGGUGUAAGGAAUUUCAAUCACUUUUCAAAGACAAAGCAGGGAACACCUAGUUGUGGCAGGUUUUCAAAUAGAUUCUAGGACUGCAUGUCACAUGAUUGUGGUGAAAAGUUUGGAUUUGGUUACAUGGUGUGAAUACUAAAGCUAGACUGUCUGAGCUUAAGCCAGACUGAUACGAUACUGUAAAAACAAAUGGGAAACAUGAAUAGGGAUAUAGGAGAAUAUCUUAUGAUUAGGCACUCAAAUUACAUAUCAUACAUCAUGA